GAGCCCGGAAGUUGAUUUUUUUUUAUUUACUCUCCUGUGAGAAGAUGGCGGACAUGGGCGAGCUGUUCGGCAGUGAUGGAGACAGUGAUAACGAACAGCGAGAUUCCGGUUCCGGCUCAGGUUCUGGUUCUGACUCGGAGCAGGAGCGUCCUCGCUCAGUCAGUAACGCCUCAGGCAGUGGGAGCGACAGGGAUCAGGACGACGAUGAUGAUGAUGAUGAAGAUGGUCAUGAUGGCGGAAAGCCGAGCAACAAAGAGCUGUUUGGAGACGACAGUGAAGACGAGCAGGGCAGCGACAACCAAUCAGAACACUCAGGGAACGACAACCAAUCGGACGUCAGCGAGCACUCGGAGGCGGAGCAACACAGCGGCUCAGAGGGACAUCACGAGGAGGAAGAUGAUGAUGAAGCUCACAGUCACAGGUCAGAUCCAGGGAGCCCCGCCUCUGGACCAGGAAGCCCAGCCUCUGGACCAGGGAGCCCCGCCUCCGGUGCAGGGAGCCCCGCCUCCGGUGCAGGGAGCCCCGCCUCCGGUGCAGGGAGCCCCGCCUCCGGUGCAGGGAGCCCCGUCUCUGGUGCAGGGAGCCCCGUCUCUGGUGCAGGGAGCCCCGUCUCUGGUGCAGGGAGCCCCGUCUCUGGUGCAGGAAGUCACCGCUCUGGGAGAGGAAGCGUCACGCCGAUGUCGGACCACUCAGAUGGAGAGGGGUCAGUGAGAGAUGCUCUCUCAGGAGAUGAGAAGUGGGGGGGUGAGGGGAAAAGGGGCAGCCCACAGUCUGACCAAUCAGAGGACGAGGAGAAGCAGCGCAACUCGGACGAAGAGCGGGAUCACUCCGACGACGAGGGGCGGGAACACAAGUCUGGUUCAGCUAAAGGCAGUGACAGUGAGGAUGACUUUGUGGGACUGAAGAAGAAGAAGAAAAUAGCGUCUGAUUCAGACUCGGACAGUGACGUGGGGACACAGAGAGGUAAGAAGACUGCAGCAGACGAUCUGUUUGGAGAAGCAGAUGACAUCUCAUCAGACAGCGAUAAUGAGAAACCGCCCACACCUGGACAACCUCUGGAUAAUGAGGAGGGUAUGGAAGGAGAGCAGCAGGAGGAGGAGCCGCUUCCUGAGACCCGGAUAGAGGUGGAGAUCCCUAAAGUCAGCACAGAUCUGGGAAGUGACCUCUACUUCGUCAAACUGCCCAACUUCCUGAGUGUGGAGCCGAGGCCGUUUGAUCCUCAGUAUUAUGAGGAUGAGUUUGAGGAUGAGGAGAUGUUGGAUGAAGAAGGCAGGACCAGGCUGAAGCUGAAGGUGGAGAACACUAUCAGGUGGCGCAGUCGCCGUGACGACGAGGGGAACGAUAUCCGCGAGAGCAACGCACGUAUCGUCAAAUGGUCAGACGGCAGCAUGUCCCUACACCUGGGUAAUGAGGUGUUUGAUGUGUAUAAAGCUCCUCUACAGGGAGACCACAAUCACCUGUUCAUCAGACAGGGGACAGGACUCCAGGGUCAAGCCGUGUUCAAAACCAAGCUCACUUUCAGACCUCACUCGACAGACAGUGCCACUCACAGGAAGAUGACCCUCUCUCUGGCUGAUCGAUGCUCCAAAACACAAAAGAUCAGAAUUUUGCCCAUGGCUGGACGAGAUCCAGAGUCUCAGAGGAACGAGAUGAUAAAGAAAGAGGAGGAGAGGUUGCGGGCGUCUAUCCGGCGUGAGUCCCAGCAGAGGAGGAUGAGGGAGAAGCAGCACCAGCGCGGCCUGAGCGCCGGAUACCUGGAGCCUGAUCGCUAUGACGACGAGGAAGAGGGAGACGAAGCCAUCAGCCUCGCUGCCAUCAAGAGCAAAUACAAAGGAGGAGGACUGAGAGAGGAGAGAGCGAGGAUCUACUCGUCUGACAGUGAUGAAGGCUCUGAUGAUGAUAAAGCACAACGCCUCAUGAAGGCCAAGAAACUCGACAGUGAUGAGGAAGGAGAGAACUCGGGGAAGAGGAAGGCCGAGGACAAUGACGACUCGUCCACCAAGAAAGCCAAGAAGUACGUCAUCAGUGAUGAAGAGGAGGAGGAAGAGGAGGAAGACUAGUCCAUCACUUAUUCUCUUAUCCUUUAUUCUUUUAUCCUUUAUUCUGUGUUUCUGUCCUUCUUUGAUGGGGGGGGGUGUUUUAUAGAGCUGCUUCAGUGGGAAAUAAAGAAACAGUUGACCUUGA